UGUGAAAAGUUUGUGAAAGUGGCCUGACGUCACACUCCCACAAUGCUCGCGCGCCCCAUAACUCUGCUGCUGCAGCCUGAGGAGCGCGAGACACUCAGGCCCCGAAAAAAGAAAAAUUAGAGAAAAAAAUUGGAAAAAAUAAUAAAACAACAGAUCAAGAGGUGAAAGACCGGGGACGGUGGUGUGGGGCUCUCACGGGUGAAGAUAAUGAUGAGCACUAUCGUCAUCUACUCAGCCUCAGUCAUGGCAGGUGGGACUGGAUGAGAGCGUGAAGACAAUUUAGGAGCCUGCAUCCCCUUAAACAUCGCUGCGAUUUCGAACCAGAGCCUGGAAGUCAGGGCAGCCACGGCCGAGUUUCAAUGGCAAGGGCAACCUAGGGCUGCCAUGGCAGCAUCUGCCACCAAUGCCCCACACCAUAUUGCCACACUGACGCUGGAGGACAAGGAACGACAAGGCGCCACCAAAGUGUUUGGAGGUCCCGCUGCAGGGAGGACAGAAAGAGAGACAGAGAACGAGAAAGAGAGGGAGAGGGAAGGGAGAGGCAGUGGGAACGAGUGUUUGGUGUGCGGUGCCCUCUUCAGCUCAAAGGAUAAGCUCCGGCUCCACGCGUUCUGUCACACAGGAGAGAAACCUUUCCACUGUUCCCAGCCCCAUUGCCCUAAGGCUUUCAGCUCCAAAUAUAAGCUCUUUAGGCAUAUGGCCACACACUCCCCACAGAAGACUCAUCAGUGCUCAUUUUGUGAAAAGAUGUUUCACCGCAAAGAUCACCUGAAAAACCAUCUGCAGACUCAUGACCCCAAUAAAGAGGCAUUUAAGUGUGAAGAGUGUGGCAAACACUAUAACACAAAGCUGGGCUACAAGCGCCACAUGGCCAUGCACUCUGCCACAGCCGGUGAUCUUACCUGUAAGGUGUGCUUGCAAAGCUACGAGAGCACGCCUGCACUUUUGGAACACCUCAAGAGCCACUCAGGCAAGUCUUCAGGUGGUGCCAAGGAGAAAAAACACCCCUGUGACCACUGUGAUCGUCGCUUUUACACACGAAAGGAUGUUCGCCGACACAUGGUGGUACACACGGGACGCAAAGACUUCCUGUGCCAGUACUGUGCCCAACGUUUCGGGCGGAAGGACCAUCUGACGCGGCAUGUCAAGAAGAGCCACUCACAGGAGUUGCUGAAGAUCAAGACAGAGUCUCCAGAUAUGUUGGGUUUACUUGGGUCUGGUUCUCCACCUUGUGCUGUGAAAGAAGAAAUAAGCCCUAUGAUGUGCAGCAUGGGACCCACCAAGGACUCAGUGAUGGCAAAGCCUUUCCAUGGUGCCACCCAUUUUCCCAUGGGCAUGUACAACCCUCAUCAUCUCCAGGCCAUGUCCAAUCCGGGUAUGGGCCACCAUCACUCACUGGUUCCAGGGUCUUUAUCCACUGCCAUGGGAAUGGGUUGCCACAUGGAGCCCCCAUCAUCACUGCACCACCAUCACCCACAUCAUCAUCACCAUCACCACUCUCACCAUCAUCACCACUCCCCACCUCCACAUCAGCAGCAGCCUCCCCUACAAAAUCAGCAACAGCAGCACCCUCAGCCACCGCCCAAGUACCAGCUCGGAUCUACCUCAUACCUGCUGGAGAAGCCUCUGAAGGUGGAGAUGGAGAGUUUCCUGAUGGAUCUACAGAAUGGACUCCAGGUUCCUCCACCGCCCUCAGCCGACCCUCACUCAGCAACUUCAUCCAAUAAGGAGGGUAUGGAACCUUCGGCAGGAUUGUCGGAUGAACUUUGCGGGGAACCACUCAUGUCCAAGAGCCCCGCUGUCAUCGAGUCUUUGUGUGCUGCUAACAUGGACUUUUCACAUCUGCUGGGCUUUCUUCCACUCAAUCUGCCACCCUACAGUGCCCCCAUGAGUUCAGGAGGACUGGUAAUGGGUUACUCCGCGCCCUCCACCAUUUCUUCUUCCUCUUCCUCAUCAUCGUUAGCAUCUUCGCAUGCUGCUGAACCACAUGCUGCCACAGCCACAGCUGCAGUGCCUCUUACCUCUUUGCAACCUCAACCUCAGGAGCAACCAGGCUCCGGUGGGGGUCUCAGUCUUGGGUCUCUGCACCCACUCCCACCAGUGUUCAGCUCUAGCCUCAGUACGACCACUCUGCCUCGCUUUCACCAGGCCUUUCAAUGAGGUCCCCACCCCAGCCUGGCCUGCCACAGGGCCUCAGGGCAGAGGAGCAUUAGUGCUCCCCCUAGGGGUGGGGAGGUAGAACACUUGAAUCCUUUACAAAAGCGCACAACAGCUUUUUAAUGAGCCUGGAGGAAAACAAGCAUAUGAAAUAUUAUGGAGCUUUUAUUUAGGCUGUCUGAAUUUUAGCUAUGAUUUUUUAAAUACCCUUUUGAACCUCUCCCACCAUCCCCGCUCCUACAAUUUUGUAGUUAGACAGCAGCAUCAGUAGGCCGUAAGGCAUGGUACUGCAUACUUUAUAAAGUAAUAAUAUUAGUAGAAAAAGAUUAAUGUAGAAAAGUUAAUCUGUCUUUGAGACUCUGAAAGACUAGUUUGAAGUGAUAUAUGAAUUUAGUUUUCUUUUCCAAAUGUGAGGCCUGACUUUGCUCUGUUGUCUCAAUUCUGUUAAGCUUAAAGUCAGGUAAUAGUUGGUUGCCCUUAAACUAAAACCGUCUUCAUGGCCAGGAGUGGAAAAAUUAGUGAAGGAAUGAAGGAGUAAAAUUGUUUUUUUUUUCAUACCUGAUUCAAGACUCAAUCAAAUCCCUAUUAUUACAAAUUCACAUCAAAAUUUCAAAAGCAGUUUAAAAACAAAUACUGUGUACCUGAUUAGAUGAAAAUAUAAUCUAAAAUGUGUUCUUCCAGGGUUUUUGGUUACAAAUUUACAUUUGUUGGAAUGGUCAGUAACUAGUUUUUUAUGUCAGAGAAGCAGAGGGACACUUUGUUCAUUUGGUACAAUGUGAUCACUGACAGAACUAAAACUAAAGAACUAAAGAAAUUUAACAUUAAAAUCUUACAGGUUUACAAUUUAUCUCAAAAGAAGCACUUUGUUUACAGCAGAAGGCACUUGACCUCUUUGGGUUGCCAAGGUGACCCACUGAAAUCCCCUUCCUUUCCCCACUCUACCUUCACACUUCCUGAAAAGAGACUGCCAUUAGACACUCUCAAACACUUUUGAAUACUCCACAGCAGUCUGAGUCUCGAAAUGGUUUUCCUUCUUCCAGCACUAAUUUUAAGUCUCUGUGGCAACUAUAUCUCACUUUCACAUCCUUCCCACCAGAUCAUGAUAUAAAAUAUAUGUAUUUUAAGAAUAAAAAGUAUUUUAGUCAGGUUUAUAUUUUAGAGAGACGUACAUUGUAAUGAUAACCCUGGUAUAUGUGAAUGGAAAAAAAGACAAAACAAAAACAAGAAUAUUUUUUUUUGCAGUGUACGAAGUACCACAUCAAAUAUAUAUAUAUAUAUUAUAAUUGCUUCUUAAGUACAUUUUGUAAUUUAGAUAGUUAUAUUAAAAAUUGCUGAUGGAUUUAAAAAAAAAAAAUGUCUAGCAGGUUUACAGAUUUAUGUAUCUUGCAUCAUACUGAACAAAAUGGAUGAAGUAUUAGCUUUUCCCUAUAGCUUUUCCUGUUCCUUGUUUUUCCAUGUGAGUCAAAGGAGAUGAAUAAGAUGGGAUUUUACCUGCAUAUAAUAGACUAAUAGUGGCAUAAUCCAGUAGGAUGGACUAGUCUUUAAUCUUUAGAGCAUGAACUAGAGGCCCAAAAUGUGAUCCAGGUUUCAGUUUGCGUUUUUUAUUCUCAGUAUUUGAUCAGACAUGACUGAUGCUGUCUAUUUGUGUGUUUGGUUGUACAGAUUUUAACCGCACUGAAAUGUCUGAAACCACAAUUCCAGUUGUUGUAGGUUUAGUUUUGAUUUACAAAAACAUCACAAAAACAGGAAUUUAGAGGGGUUUUGUCAAAUAAUCUCUUAUAAAUUGCCAUUUCCCAGCAAGUGGACUGCACAAGUUCUUACCAAAUAAUCAUUCAUUACCAAUGGCCAUGUGAGGAAGGGUUGUGUGGAAAGAAACAGAUGAUCAACGUACCAGCAGUGAAGGCAGUGCCUCAUACAAACAGAUGUAGUUCUCUCUUUCUCUCUACAUCAUCCCUUUGGGUAAAUCUAUUCUGUGUCCACAUCUGUGUUUAUAGUGAAUGUGAAUAUCUCACUAGCAGGAAAGACCAUAGAAAGGUAAAAGGCCACAUCACAAAACUAAGACAAAACAAUAUUAUGCUGCUCUUUGUGCUGUGGUUGCCAGCAACCAUAGACCACUCUGGAAACAUUUUAAACUGCAAAUGAUCUUUUAGCAGAAAACAUGCACAGUAGUACACAUGAACUGUUUGUCCGUUUUCUCUGUUCUUCAGCUGCUUUGAUUCGAAUGAACAUUUUAUGAAAAGGGUCUGAAAAGAGACACAAAGAAGUCACCAGCCUGGUCUUUGACAUUCAAAGCAUGGGACAUUUGAUUGGGAUAUUGCCUAGUCGUUUUGUCAUUAUAUUAUUUUCUGUUUGUUGAAACAGGACCUCGAAACAACACAACGCAUCACCUCAUUUAUUUGUUUUUUUGUUUUUUUCAUACAAAAAAACCUGGGGAGAAGAAACUUCUUUUUGCACAAUUGCUAACUAAAGAAUAAUUGAGUUAUUGUAGCUUAUACUGUAAGAGUGAUUUUGUUAGAAAUAAUUGUUUCAUAAGAAAGCCAAAAACAUUGAGUAUCAUUGGGCUAUCAUUGGGCUGAUAAUGAUUCACAGGCAUUAAUGGAUUUUGGGACAUUUUCCCAAUAAAUAAUAAAAUAAUUAUUUAAAAAACAUAAAAGGACAUUUAAAAUGAAUUGAACUGGACAUUAUACAUGUGUACAGACAAAAUGAAGGCAAUUAUAAAAAAAACAAAAACAAAAUGGAAUUGAAAAUAUUCUUGUCAUUUGGCUUGAAGCUAUCAAAAGUUUUUUAUAAUUUAUUUUCAAGAAAUAGGAAGAGAAUAAAAGAAUGCUUUUGGCAAUUUUAUGAGUUUGUCCUCCCCGGGUUUUCUGUGAGCUGAUCUGAAUUAUAGCACUUUUAAACAUUAAAAAAAAAAAAAAAAAAAAAAAAGUAUUUUUCAGCCUUGUAUGUUUUUAAUUUUGUAUUUGAUCUUGUAUGUGCCAUUAGUUUGAUGUGUAGAGUUUAUUCAUCUUUAUGUAAUUGUUGUUUUUCUCCUUUCCCAAAAGAGUAACAGUAUUUUAGAUAGAUUUUCUCUAAUAUUAACUGCAUUGGCCCUUUUCAAAUGUUGUCUUGUCAUACAUUUGAGGAAGUCAUUUAAUCUUAAAACAGAUGUAAGAGUAACAUGCUCAGAAUCAUUCUCAGUAUCUGAAUUCUGAAACUUGAUCAAAUCAUCAAUGUCACAAACAAAAGAAAAACCUUUUCCAACUCUAAUCUAUAACUGAGGUGUUUUCAAUCAGCAUUUAUAAUAGCAACCUGGCAGGUUCAACUGGUGUGAAAUUAUUCCCAGCUCUCUGCCCCCCGAAAAAGCACUUUUGGUUCAAAUGAAGUUUUAUAUAAUAACUACCUGGAUAGUCUGCAGCAUCUGAUUUUAGUUUUCAGUGGUGUUUUUUUUUUUUUUUUUUAAAACCAGCAAGACAGAUUAACCAAGUUAAAUGGAUCUUUUCCUCUCUUGUAUCAAUGCACUUGUCCUUUAUUCCCCAAAUACUAGUUGGUUCGUAUAACAGAAAUAUUAAGGGAAAUUAUGAGGUAACCAAGCUAGGGUAAAUCAAAACAAUCUGACUUUUAAGAAAAGGAAAAAUUAUUCAAUAAAAUGCUCUUUCGGCUUAUAGUGAGAAAAUGGGUAUGUCCGCAGAGGACAAAAUCCACUCGUAGUUUGAUAUAUUUUAGCUUAAUGUAAGUCUUGCAUUCCAAGCUUUUUAUGUAACUUAUUUAGCAAUAUAGUCGUUCUAUUUUUAGUACUUGCUUAUUACCACGACUUCUGGAAAAAAGGUGAAAACAAAAAAAAUGGAAUAUUCAUCCUUACACUAUUUUAUAUAACAUGGAGCUGAUGAUUGACAGGACGAAUUGUAAAAAAAGAAAAGAAAAAAAAAUGCAUAACAGCGACAUACAGUCUGCUUUUUUGUUAUACAGAUCACCUGCGGUCAGUUGCUGCAUUGUAAAGUUGACAGAUUUGUAUAUUGGUUGAUCCAAAGAGAUGACAUUACAACAAUCCUAUUUACAUACUGUACAGUACAUUGUACCAUUUGACUUGUAAUGUGUUAUGUUAAAAAUGAUUAAAAGACAAACCCACGGUU